AUGUCUCCCGAAAUUGCUUCAGACCCUAAACUUUUCUUCAAUGCUACCAUACUUACUGUUAACGCGAGUCGCGAAGUGAUCCUAAACGGCUUUCUUUUAGUAGAAGGAGACAGGAUUUCGGCCAUAGGGAAAUGCCCAUAUCCUACGAUCUUGCCUUCUGGAACUCGUGAAAUCGACUGCCAAGACAAAAUCAUCAUACCCGGGCUGAUUAACACUCAUGCCCAUUUGGUGCAAUCGCUGCUGAGAGGUCUUGCAGAGGAUCUACCCCUUCAUAACUGGCUUUGUGAUGCAGUGUGGCCGCUCGAAGCAGCUUUCGACGCCGAUGAUGGCUACCACGCAGCCCGAUUGACCAUGGCGGAGAUGUUGAAGACUGGGACAACAUGUUUUCUUGAUCCCAUGUUGACAUAUCGCGCAGGAUUCGAUCGAGUAUGCCAGGCCAUGACUGAGAUGGGAAUUCGAGGCUGCUUGGGAAAGCUGGUAAAAUUUACGGAGACAAAUCGGCAGCUGUCAAUAUCCGACCCCAGAGACCAAGAUUUGCUUGCCAUGUCAAUCCCUGAACUUCUCAAUGCGCACCAGAAAUAUCAUAAUGGCAAUAACGGAAGGAUUCAUGUCUGGGCUGCAGCUGGCACACCCAGGGGCGCACCUAUUUCUCAGUACCUCGAGCUGGGCGAAACAUGUUCCAGUAACGGUAUAUCAGUGACAAUGCACUGUGCUGAGGCUCCUCGCGAUCGUGAGAUCUACCAUGAGUCAUACGGCUGUAGCUCCAUGGAGUUCAUUCAGCAGGCAAAGCUAUGUCCACAGUCAAACCCCGACCGGGUUGAUAAGCUAAGCCAUCGGCUAGUUCUCGCCCACAUGGUUAAUCUCGACAAUGAGAUUGAUAUCCCACUUCUUGCCAGUUCCCAAACUUCAGUGGCUCAUAACCCUACUUCAAAUUUGAAGUUGGCCUCGGGCGUCGCGCCGGUCCCUGCCAUGAUCUCCGGUCCGUCUGCGGUCAACGUAUCGCUGGGAACAGACGGGGCCCCCUGCUGCAACUCCUACGAUAUGAUCCAAGAAAUGCAUCUAGCGGGAAUCCUUCACAAGGGUGUCAACCAUGACGCCGCGCUUAUUCCAGCUGAGACUGCCUUAGAAAUGGCGACGAUCAAUGGAGCCCGUGCACUGGGUCUUGAGAGUGAUAUUGGCAGCCUAGAAGUGGGAAAGAAGGCUGACUUGGUCCUGCUUGAUCCAUAUAGACGUGGGAAUCUUGCAGCAGCUCCCUGGAGCUGCGAACAUUCGGGACAAGGUGUGAGCCCCGCUACGGCAGUUGUACAUGCAUGCACGGGCCGCGACGUGGAUAUGACGGUGGUAAACGGUGAGAUUUUGGUGGAGCAGGGGAGAUUAGUGCAUGGAGGGUCUGUUAAAGAGGUGGAGAUUGUUCAAUUUGCGCAGAGGGCUGUAAAGGAUCUGUUGAGCCGUUGCAAUGACGGUCGCGAAGAUGUGGUUGGAGCAAAGCUUCAGAGUGGGUGGAAUUAUAACUUCAUUUCUUUUCAAUUUUUUCACUUUUCAAUUGUCCGGUCUUUUGUUCGUCCUUUUACUAUGGCUCCUACAGCGACAUCAGUUUCUACGGCUUCCUCUACAGCUACUGCUAGUUGCAUAGCAAGUAUGACUCCUGGCAAAAAUGGAUAUCUUCCCCCAGAAUCAUGUGAUGCCAAUCUCUACUACGUGCCAUCAUAUGCCGCUGCCAUUGUAUUCUGCAUUUUCUUCUCUGCAACCACAAUAGCACAUCUUGUCCAAGCCAUUCUCUACAAGAAGGGAUAUGUGUGGGUAAUAAUCAUGGGAGCAGCAUGGGAAUUACUUGCAUUUAUUUUCCGCGCUCUCUUGACACGGCAUCAAAACAGUGCCACCUACGACACACUCUAUACAGUCUUCUUUCUCCUAGCACCAAUUUGGAUCAAUGCCUUUUUAUACAUGACGCUCGGCCGAAUGAUUCAUUUCUACAUUCCCGAGAAGCGAUUUUGGGGAAUCCCCGCCCCUCGCUUCGGUGUGAUUUUUGUCUGCCUUGACAUCGUUGCUUUCAUCGUGCAAGCAGCUGGUGCUAUGAUGACUAGUGCACAGGGUGACGUGAAGGUCGUAAUGAAUGGAUUGCAUCUCUAUAUGGGUGGUAUUGGUCUCCAAGAAGCAUUUAUUAUUUGCUUUACUGUCAUGACAAUCCAUUUUCAUCGACGAUUGAUUCACAUGGAGAACAUUGCGGCGACCUUCAAGUUAACACAAAGUCCGUUUCCUUGGCGAUGGCUUUUCUAUACUAUCUAUUUCGCCUUGGUCAUGAUCACUGUUCGAAUCAUUUUCCGUAUUUCUCAAUAUGGACAGGGAACUUCUACAUCAAACCAAGUUCUCACAAACGAAGCCUAUGAAUAUGUCUUUGAUGCUACUCCAAUGCUCCUCGCAUUAAUCGCACUCAACGUCCUCAAUCCGGGCCAGAUUCUCCAGGGAGAGGAUGCAAAGUUUGAAAAACUGAGCCGCGGAGAGAAGAAACAGAGGAAGAUGAUGGAGAAGAUGGAGAAACAGAGCAAUACAAAUGGGUUGAGCGUUGACAAUGAGAGGCAGGACACAAAUACUUCGUAUUUUCCAGUUCCUACUGAGAGCUACGAAAUACCAACAACAGCACGUGAUGGGUACUUCCACGCCUAA